AUGAAAAAAGAGCCUAAAGGUGAGGAAGAAGUGAAGGAAGAAGUGGAACAUAUGGAAGUUGAUGGUGAUACAAAUGAUAGUGACGACGAUGAUGAAAGUGGAACUAGCAGCAGUGGGGAAGAAAAUGUUGAGCUUAUGGUUACUACUCGUGAAAAACGUUCCAACGCUGGUAAUAAGAUGGCGCAGUUGUUGGAAUCCGCUGAGCAAGACGAUGAUUUCUACAAGAAUACAUAUGAUGGUAGAUUUCUUGAGGAUGAUGUCGAUGAUGCGUUUGAAUCACCAGUGGAAUCGGAUGAUGAAGUGGAUUCUGAUUUCGAUCGUCCUGAAGAUGACGAGGAGCUAAUUAGCGAUACAGAAGAAGAGCCCAAACGACGGAAACGAAAAACUGGUUAUAAAGAACCGAGACUGGGUGGUAGUUCUUCGAAGAGAGCUUUGUUAGAAAAAAAUAAGAAAUGGGUGAUGGCACGAAUGGGUUGCCUUACUGCGGCUGCUAACACUGUCAGUCCUGAAACUCAGGCACAAUAUUUGGAAGAAGCCAAGGAAACAGAACGAAAAAAUAUUGCGUCGUUAAAAAAGUAUGAGCAGUUUGAGCUGGAAAAGAAGAAGAAACGUGAAAAAAUAAAUGUUAUUCGGAAAUUAAAACCACCUUACAUUAGCACUGUGGAUGGUCCGAAUGGCAAAUGGAUGGUUGUUCCAGACAUCAAAAAAUUUAUAAAACCAGAGAGAGUGGUGAAACUCCUUUGUUGCGUGACAUCACGUCCCGCAAAAUAUCGUGACCCAUUAACCGGCUUGCCAUUUGCAACGCCUGAGGCAUUCAAGUUUAUCCGGGAAAAAUACGCAGAAUAUUUGAAAAGUAUGCCUAAUCAUCCAGCAGUGAAAUCAUGGCUUUCUAAGAAGUAUUGA